CAAAAUGAGUCCAUGGACAUCAAGUAGGCGAGCACCAUCUAGGCGGCUGUCAGCAGAGACACAUUUGCCUCGUGCUAACUCGUGAAUGAAACUCUCUGAUAAAUACAGCCACCACCUCCUGACGCUCGUGCUGGGCGGGAAGCUCUUUCGCGCACCGCUCAAGGACGACGAGAUCAAUGUGGGUUCCUCCACAACGGUAUCUUAUGGCCGAAGGCUCAUUCAGAGACUAACCCAUUUUCUAGUCUGUCAUUGACGUUGGGACCGGGACUGGUCUCUGGGCAAUGUAAACACGCCUCACCCCCAUCGCAGAACCGAGAAGCCGCCAACCAACUAACCUGCCGCGCAGCGACUUCGCCGACCAGCACCCACAAGCCUCGGUUGUCGGAACCGACCUGUCGCCGAUCCAGCCGACAUGGGUGCCGCCGAACCUGCGGUUCGAGAUCGAGGACGCGACGCUCGAGUGGACGUACAAGGCGGGCAGCUUCGACCUGGUGCACAUGCGGUACCUGUUCGGGUCGGUGGCGGACUGGCCGGCGCUCUUCCGGCAGGCGCACCGCGCGUGCCGGCCCGGCGGCUACGUCGAGAGCUUCGAGGCGUCGUGCGUCAUAGACUCGGACGACGGCUCCGUCGCCCCCGGCUCGCCCAUGAACGAGUGGGGCAAGGUCUUCCACGCUGCUGGGAAGAAGUUUGGCCGCUCGUUUCGGGUGUAUGAGGACGAGCUGCAGAGGAAGGGCAUGGAGGAGGCUGGGUUUGUGGAUAUCGAGGCGUGGGACUUCAAGUGCCCGCUCAUACCCUGGCCGGCGGACCCGAAGCUCAAAGAGAUUGGAGCGUUCAGUCGCCUCGCACUCGAGCAAGAUGUCGAAGGCUACGUCUUGUUCGUCUGGAGCCAAGUGAUGGGCUGGAGCCCCCAGCAGAUUCACGUCUACAUAGCGCACCUCCGCAAGCAGCUACGCGAUCCCCACGUGCACGCCUUCUUCCGCAUGCGCGUCGUCUACGGAAAGAAGCCCGAGACCGAGGAGCCCGAGGCGGGGCCUGCUGCAGCUGCAGCUGCAUCGGCAUCCGCCUGAGAGGGUCGGAUUGUGCAAGGCAGGCCUACAUCAUAAUGGCCCCGGAUCACGGGAGAUGUGUAAUGAUAAUUACUGCUGAUGACGAGCGACAACGCUGAAUUACAACAUAGGUUCAUAACUAGGUCAAGCCGUCACGGGCUAUGGGUUUUGGGACAAUGGGGCCCUGGCACGGUAGCUGGACAGCGAGCGAUGAAUCAAUCAGAUUUGCUUCGUGCAGACAAAAGAUUGGUGGCGUGAAAAGAUGAAUGUUUCACUGACUCCGAUAGAGGGGAAAGGGGGUCUGAUCUCGCAUCUCAGCAUGUUCCCUGUAUUUGAUGCAGCAACUGUCGGGGGGGAGGG